GGCGGACGGGCGGUCGGGACGGGAUUUGGUAGUUGACCAAUGAGAAUGGGUGUAAAAUGGACUAAGCUAGCCUGUCCGGAUACUCGACUUUCCACCUCAAACCACAGAUUAUCGAACGUCGUCUUCGUCUCCCAUCGCGACUCUUUCGUCACCCCCUCCACUCCUCCACCCCCCACGUUCACCAUCCUCCCAUCUCGAGGAAUUGCUCUUCUCAUUACUGGAGAGUUGAUAGCUACCAUUUGUUGAUUGCUCGUCGUACAGCUACACCCCUCACACACAAUGUUCGCUCAGUCCGUCUCUCGGGUCGCUGCUCGCAGCUCGGUCAUGCCCACCGCUGCCCUCCGCUCCUACCGCACUGCCUCGAGCCCAAUGGCUUGCUUGAAUGCUCGUCCUCAGGCUGAGAAGCAGACCAUUGCUUUCCAGCAGACCCGCGCCGCUUCCGAGCAUGCCAUCUCGAAUCCCACACUCGCCGGUAUCGAGAAGCGCUGGGAGGCCAUGCCUCCCCAGGAGCAGGCUGACCUGUGGAUGCAGCUCAGAGACCGCAUGCAGGCUGACUGGCACCAGCUGACUCUUCAGGAGAAGAAGGCCGCCUACUAUAUCUCUUUCGGCAACCACGGCCCCCGCACUCUCCCCCCCAAAGGCGAGGCUUUCAGAGUCUUCGUCAAGGCCCUCCAGUACUGCGCCAUCGGUGUUGGUCUCUUCUACGCCAUCCACUACUUCGCUAAGCCUCUCCCCAAGACCAUGAGCAAGGAGUGGCAGGAGGCCUCCAACGAAUACGCUCUCCGUGAGAAGAUCAACCCUAUCUACGGUAUCAGCUCCGAGGGAUAUGAAGGCAAGGGCUUCGUCCAGAGCCCUCCUGCUGAGAAGCAAUAAAUCACCAGCGAAUUCCUUGGGAGAAAUAGGUAGAACGAUUGGACGUGUUGCAACUCUGCUCUGAUGCGCCCGCUGAUGACAGAGGAUGGGUGGCCGUCCAACCUUGGACACCUGCUCUCGCACCUGUUUUACUUGUUUGUCAAACGUCAAGCCCAAAAAGACCCCUCUGUACCUCGUACUGUGCCAUAAUCUAUGUAUCUCCUUUGUAGCCUUAGAAUGGGUUUUUGGUUUCUAUGAUAUAUUUUUCCUAGUCUGGUUUUAAAGAUGGGUGCGUAAGUUGCCCCGUGCAGGUGUCAGGCAAAUCGACGAAAGUACUAGCUGGAGAACGCCCUGUCGUAGGGUUGACGGGUUCAGACUGU